AUGGAUUAUCAUCUGUUCGAAAAACCGAAGAAGCCAUUAUUUAAAAGAGCAAGUUAUCACCUGUUUAACCUCUCAAAGAGGAUAAAAAACAGAAGUUCACUUAACAUCAAUUUUAACGAGGAUAAUUUUGGCCCACUCAAGUCAAAAUAUGAUACAUACGGAUUCGCACUGGACGACAAUCAGUUUGCUUCAGGAAUCGAAGCAUACGAAAAAGAGUUUGAAGUGAAAAAGGAACGCAGACUUAAAAGAUGGGAAGCUGUACCAAUAAAUGAUCAGUUUUAUGAUGUUACAUCAGAUGAUUUUAAAAUAAUGGUUAGAAAGGGAAUACCAGAUCAUUUAAGAUCACUUUUGUGGAGGAAAUUGUUAGGAGCAGAUACUUUGGAAAACUCUAACCCAGGACUAUAUCAAAAAAUGGUGAACACAUCACUCUCAAAGGAAAUAUCAGACCAGAUAGAUAUGGACAUUAACAGAACUUUCCCCCAUCACAGAGACUACAAAGUCAACUCCUUUGGAACAAUUAUGUUGAGAAAUGUUCUGUGUGCAUUUGCCAACUAUAUGCCAUCAAUAAGUUAUUGUCAGAGCUUAAACUAUUUAACUGCAACAUUGCUGAUAUUUAUGAAUGAAGAAGAGGCCUUUUGGUCCCUAGUCCAAAUUGUAAAUAGUAGAAUACACGAAAAAGGAUUUGACCUUACAGGAUAUUACAAAGAUGGAAUGCUGGAUUUGAAGAGAGACGUGAUGGUGUUGGAGUUUAUACUAAAAAAGAGGAUGAAAAGAUUAUAUAAUCACUUGAGGAGGAAUAACAUUGAUCUAAUGUGGAUUUGCGCUGAGUGGUUUUUAUGUUUAUUCGCUAUAUCAUUACCGGUAAGUGGGGGAGUACUGAAUUAUUUUCAGACCAACACAGUAUUCAGAGUGUGGGAUUCACUAUUUCUCGAAGGAGACAAGGUUCUGUUUAGGGUAGCAUUUUCAUUGUUUAAGCUGAACGAGCAAAAGAUACUCUCACUGGAUUCAGAUCGUGACCUGCUUCUAUACUGCAAGAAAAUGAGUAAAAGUGUAUUGCAACACGACGAGUUUCUAAAGGUUGCCUUCUACCAACUAUCAUCCUUCAGCCGAAAGGAGAUACACCAGUACAGAUUAAUAGCAGAUCACCAACUUGAAUCCUAUUCACCUUCUGAAUAA